AUGUUUUUGUUUCGACCUUGGAGUCGGGUAAAAAGACGCACUCGCAUCCAACUGAUACUUGCUGCAUGCGGAACCAUUCUGCUGUCUGUCUGUGUUCCUUUACUGGCUUGGCAUUCUGAUAAUAUUUCGUCUUUAAUGCUAGAUCCUGACAAUGCUCAGCGUAAUUACAACCCAGUCACGGACUUGAUUGAUUUCAAUGGUAUCGCUGUAUUUGCUACUAUUAUUAAUCUGGAUUUAGUAUCCUUCAAUUACAAGCUUCGAUUAUCGGUUAUUCCUUGUGGGCGUUUGAUGGGUUCAACAUCUGGGGAUUUGUAUCGUCCAAGUACCAUAAUCACUGUCGUGUUUGAUACUCAAGUCAUUGUCUUUCCCACUAAUCUGUACAUCCGGAAACAAGAUGCAAUGCUUAAUAUAGACUCGGGAAACAUUAAUCGUUAUCCUUUUGAUACUUACAAUAUUUCCUAUGUGGUUUCUGCAAGUUUCGUUAAUUCUACCACGGGAGUUCAAACUCCAAUUCCAAUCUAUUUGGCUACCAUGGCUAGCACAAAUAGCUGGCAAGCUGAUGCAUCGUUCAAUUCUGAUGUCAGCCCUACGCUGAAAGUUCUCGCCACUUUUUAUCGAUCUUGGACGUCCCGCUUCUUCUCGCUCUUGGUAUUCACGAUCAUGUGGAUUUUAUCCAUCACUGCAUUCAUUCUAGCUGCAACAUUAUGGUUUAGAAACCGCAAAGUUGAACCACCAACGAUUGCUGUUAUUGCUUCUUUAUUGUUUUCAUUGCCUGCCAUUCGCAGCUCUCAACCGGGUUCUCCUCCUGUCGGAUGCACAUUGGAUAUUGCAGGUUACUUUUGGAACAUUGGCUUGGCCGCAUUAUCCAUGUUUCUUCUUAUGCUUAAUUAUGUUGUUCGAUACAAACGAGAAAAACGGCAUCAUUACAAUCCAGUCAUGGGAAUACCUGGUGCCAUGUUGGGUGGUGAUGGAUCUGAGUUGGGUUCAUCUCUUGUGGGUAUAAAUUCCCAUAAUAUUUCAACAAGUAUAAACGGUACAACUCUCAAUUACCGCAAUACUGCUUCCAUCGACGAUGAUCGCUGUAGUGCAUAUACCCAUUCAGAUGUCGAUUCGGUUGAUUUGACUAAUCGCAGACAUAGUGGAACUUUUCUGCAUGUUCCUUCACCUCACCACUCAAACCCUAUUGUGGUCAUCACUUGA